UUUCUGCCACCGCUAACGCCAAACAACAAUUUCAUAAAAACAAGAGAAACAGUUGUGAAAUUUUUUGGCGUAAAAGUUUGGUCUGAGCCAUGAUGCAGACGCCACGAACACCUGCGACACCCGGAACGCCGGCGACGCCCGGAAGCCUGGCUAUGGAGGUGGCUCGCGUCCAAAACACAGCACUGGCAGAGUUCAAGAAACCCACCGAUAUGGUGGUUCCGAGAAACAAGCCUCAGAUCCUUACGGAGGAGAAGUAUAUCGAGGAGAUGUCGAAGAUCAUCCAGCGCGACUUCUUUCCGGAUCUAGAAAAACUGCGUGCGCAAAACGAUUACCUGGACGCAGAGGCACGCCGGGAUUUCGUUCAGAUGGCCGAGAUCCGGGAGCGCUACAGUCUGGGCAGGAUUCCCGGAACGGGGAGGAGCAGCAGGCGCCAAAAUCAGCGCAAUAAUGCCAUGUCUCCAGCCACUUUUGAGACGCCAGUGAGCCAGGCCAACGGCAACGCCACUCCAUUGCCACCCUCGCGACGAACAGACACUCCCCGCUCUACUGCCGGUUCCGAAAAAAGCGUCGCCGAAGGCGGGGCAGGCAACACCUCAAAACUCUCCCUUGAUGCCUUCCUGCAGAACUACACAAGCGAGGAUAACCACAGUUUCCAGGAGAUAAUCGAAACCGCAGAGGCGAAGCUGCGCCAGAAGUACGCCGUGCUGUACAACCACGAGAAACUGUCCGCAGAGCAGCUGCAACGGGCUCUGAUGUUGCCCAGUAUAGAGAAACAGUUUGAGGAGCCCGAUCCCCUCAGAAAAAUCGAGACCUGGAAGUACACCAACAUGAACUCAAUCAUGUAUGUGCCCGACGGCGUAGAGUUCACCGAAGAGGAGCGUGUUCAAGCUGCGGAGCGGAAGCAAAGCAUUCAUCAUGGGGCCACUAGGCUUCCGUACGAUGCUCAGCACAGAGACAUGGAUGUGAAGAAGGCGGAUGAGGCUCCAGCUCCUGGGACUAAUGAACCUCUAGCCACGCCGCGGAUACGGGGCUUUGAUCUUUUGCGCUCACCAUCCCCGCGACCAGGCGAGGCUUUCUCACCCAUCAUGACCUGGGGAGAGAUUGAUGGCACUCCCUUUCGCUUAGAUGGCGGCGAUACACCACUGCGUCCCACCCAGGGACCCUCCUUUCGGAUCAAUGAGAACUCCCGGCGUGAGAACAUAGCCAUUGCCUUGGCCGAAAAGGUCAGCGAAAAAAUGCGCAACCAAAAACAGACGGCUCUGGAUACCGCGCGCCGAAAUAUUGGUUCGCCGUUGAUUCGCUCCAAUAUGGAUCGCCUGGCGAGUAUGUCGCCGGCAGCCCAGCGCUUGGCCACCGGGAAAUUGGGUCUUCGCGGCACACCAGUCAUAUCACACACCCCUUCGCCCAUGAACGUCCGAAGGCGAAAGGUUACACCAGGAGUUGUGAAGGGAACAACUCCGUUGGGUCCACCCAAACAGAUGCCUGGAAAGAUAAGCACUCCAGCCAGAAGCACGCCCAUCGAUACGGGCUCCACCCUAACCGACGAUCUGCUCAAGAUACCCACCAAGCGACGCAGUGCGGCCGAUUUCUUUUAGCAAAUAUUCGUAUUUGCCCCUCGAAUCCUUGGAUUCUAUACCAGAGACCUCACAAGAAGUGAUUUUCAUUACUUACUGAAGCAUCAUUAAAACAUUAGUUGAACAAUU